AUUCGCACGACACCAGCGUGCUUACGUGGAGUACUCAAACGAGCUCGACGCACUUACUCCUUCGAUGGUGACUUGGCAACCGUAUCUUGAUCCAUAUUUCGCCAGCAUACAGUUGAGCAGCAUGUGCUCAAUAGACGAGAACCUCUACCUCAUGAGGUGUCCCCUCAUCUGUUUUUAUGCUGUUGAGUACCACUUGCCCCACAGAGUUGCUCGACAGUUCGGAUUGCGCCAGGAGUUUCCGGUGGAGCCAUUCUCGACUUCAAUACAACUUCAUAAGUUCGACAGACAGAGACAGAAAAAGGUCACGGACUUCGAGACCCACCAUCGUGAUUACAUUGAUGAAUGA